AUGGAUAGGAAAAAUAAGGGCCCUUGGUCCAGUCGAAAUAACGACGACAGCGAUUCAUCGUCGGGGAAUGACAUGAUCUUUGGAGCCAGAUCCUCGAGUACAUCCACUGACACAAGCAGUGAAAGUUCCGUGGAGAAGGAGCAGCCUACCGAAAUGGAGUACCUGUGUAUUCCAGGCGGCAGCUAUGAUAUAAUCAGCAACAGCAGUAUACAGCAGCUUGUGCAGAAAAUCGAUGGAAGUUCCUCAUUGGACGAUCAAGGCUGCGAUAUGAUUGCCAAAAUAGCCGAUGCCUUCGUUAAUGACGUCGCCGUUCGCAUGGUCAAGUUGGCCAAGCACCGUAAGGAUAAAGUGGGCCUGCUGGAUCUUAAAGUUCGUCCUCAAGCGCGAAUACAACAUGGAGUUUCCCAAUGAAUGAGAAAUGUAAAAUCUUGAAAUAAAACAAAAUUACCUUACCAUUACAUACUCUUACAAACAAAAACUGAAUCUAAGUCCCUUCAAAGCACCUAUAUUCAGCAAUCAAUAAAGAAAAGGUUUCUAUACCUGAUGGAAAAUUGUA